AUGGAGUUAAUGACUCACAGUGACAUUUCUGAUAAAGAGCUGGUAAAUACAUAUGGUGGUGUUGCCUACGAUCAUGAAAGUAUGCCAAGAGUUGUUGCAGUACACAGCUGGACAGUUGAACUUCAGAAUUCGUACACAUGUAACAAACAAGGACAAGUGCUACACCUUCCAUCAUCACAUGAACUGUUUCCUCCAAAUUCUUGUUAUUCUAUGAAGAUUGAUGUCAGAAGCUCACCUCAGGAUAAAGGCUUUGUUAGUAAGAGAAUAUGCACAGUUUCCAGAGACAACCUGGACACUCAUGUAAGUCAUACAAAGAUACUUAUUUGAUUUAUGUAAGGCCAACUGAGGAACUUGAAAGACUAAGAUCUUGCUAAAUGUGCUUUACAGAGCAAUUGUCAGGAAAACUACAUGUACUCACUACUGCCUGCCCAGUCUCCCUUCCCUGAAGAGUUACGUUUCAGUUGGUGUUACGAGUUGAUUGGCAAUAAAACUUUUAGAGGCAACAAUGUUGAACAGUGUGGUGCCAGUUUGAAGCAAUUGCGUUGUGCUUAAAACAUACCGUGUAACGUUGUCUUGAAAUACAACUAAUAAAAAUGUUUCAGCCAAAAAUGAAGAGCCUAUCUCUAAGUCCAACAGAUGUUGAGGUGUUUGCCAGUUCCAUUUUUAUUUUAAUAAUAAUAAUAAUAAUAAUACUAAUAAUAAUUUAAACAUAUUUAUGCAGGAUUGCUGCUUCAGUUUUAAGAAAAAAACUGCUAUCAAUGCAGGUCCUGUAAAAAAUUAAAAAUGAAAAAAUAAAAAUAAAAAAGAUUUAAAAUAUAGAUAAAAAUCAGAUCACAAUAUUACAAAAUAGUCACACCAAACGAAAGAAUCAUACCAAACGAAAGGGCUGGCUGGGAAAAAUUCAUAAAUAGUCUUGUUAUAAUUCGCUAGAUUUUCGUUCCAAAUGACUUUGUACUGCUGUAUUUGUUUUUGAAUAAUUGAGGGAGGAUUUGAUAUUAGAUUGACUCACUCAGACCCUUUUUCUUUGUACUUCAUCACUUGAGUACAUCUUAAUUAAUGUUCUUUAUUUUUCAGUACAAAAACAAGUUUUCUCUUUCUGGUACACCGUCGUUUGCUGUGGAAAAACUCAGUCAAAAAGAGGAGAGACAUAUCAACAACACAAGAACAGGAACAGGGACUGUCGGAAUUCUGACAACUCUUUUGCGAGAAAGUGGCAAGGAUCCUUUUGGCAAGUACUGUCAUAGCGACCAUAAAUCACUUUGGGGUAAAGAGCAUGUGUUUAUGCCACAGAUGGGUAAUUUGAACACCAACACUAAAGACAUGCCUGUCACAAACGUUGUACCCCUGGAUGGAAAAUUGAUAUCCCCUUGCUGUUUAAACUCGUUUGACAAAUACAGUUUGGAGGCCAACAAAACUGGAACAAGAAACUUGGAAAGCCAUGACUGGUCUAGAGUUGGAGUGUUAGCAAACGAAAACUCUGAGCAACUGCAUGUAAACUCUUCACGUAAGCGCCUUAACUCAAACUUCACCAGCUCACUUUCGUAUUCAGGGCACAUUUCAGAAGGAGAAGCUUUUGGGAAAGAUUGCCUUCAAGGACAAACUACAGAAGUUUCUGUUCCUCAAAACAAACCAUUGUUUACGCCAGCUUUGUGUAAUUCAACCGGGCAAACCCAGAUCUCCCAAACGCCCGUUUCACUUUCUCGAAAAAGACCGCGGAAGUCAAUUCCUAGGAAAAUCGAUAUGCAGUUGGAAUGGCAGAAGUCUUGUUCAAGCUCAGACGGUGAAGGAACAUCAAAAGUUUCAGAAUCGCCCAACCAGGAUGUAUCCGGCAGUCCUUCACACGAGAGGAGCUGCUCAGAGUCUGAUAAAGAGUCCUCUGGCGGUACAAAAGUGCUGUUCAAAAGAACUGCAGGUAAAAGGAGUUGUUUGUUCAUUCUGCUUUUAUGGGUGAAAGCCAAAAAUUGAGCUGUUAGUUACAGUUGAACCUCCAUGUGCGAGUACCUAUCCAAAACAAAAAGAUUUACCCAGUGAAAUUCCUAUAGUUAGAAACUCUCGUAAGCGACUGCGACGGAAAUUUUGGACUGACGGUUGUUUGAUUUUCCGUUGUUUUUAACCUCUUGUUAGCAACCGCUUGACUAGCCUGUUCCAGUUAUUCAGCCCUCGUUUUUCCCCCUCGUAACUCCCUGCGUACGAUUCUCUCUCCACCAUCUGAACGCCAGGACGAACCGGCCACUGCUUGACGUAUGGUCUUAUCUCUAUGUUCACUACGUGUACAUGUGCUCCGUUACUCGGAGAACCCUUCCUGAGAACAUAAAACUACACGUAGCGAAAGAUAAAAAUUGUGGGUAGUUAAUUCUCCUCGAAAAAGAUGUAUCGGAAUCUCCUGUCGGAAGGGACCCCCUGUGGACCAAGCGACCACCUCCUGUCACUUAAGGCGCUGGUUUUCACUAGCGACGGAAUCGGACUCGGAAUCGUAAGCGGAGUCUCAAGAGCGCGAAAAUCAAACAUCAGAGUAAUAAGCAGAGACAUAAGCGCGACGGAGUCGGAGUCAGAAGAAUCACAAAGUUUCCAUAUUUUCUUCCGACUCUAGUGAAACCAGAUUGUCACAGUCGGAAGCAGAAGCGGAAGGAUAAACCAAUCACGAGGCUAGUUCCCACGCUUUGUGAUUGGUUUAGUUCUUCCGCUUCUGCUUGCGACUCCCACAGUGUACGUUUCACUUGAUCGUCGAAACGACGGAGUCGCAAGCGGAAUCAGAGGAAUCAGAACGCUGUUUUCACUAGAUCGUUGAGUCCCAUGCUUCUGAUUUCUACUCUGACUCCGUCUCCGUUUUUAAUGAAAAUCUUGGGUGGUUGCUUACGGGAGGUUCGACUGUAUUUUAAAACUGAGUAUUUCUUGCAGAACCUCAUACAGCUGUAAGUUUUUGGGAGGGUAUUGGUCUAUCGACGCCUUUCUAAGGCUUAAAUUUGAACUACUGUACUUUGAUAGCGAGGAGGUUUGAAAAUAAGGAAAAGUACAUAUAUUUCUCUACUUCCAUGUAAGGUGUUUGGUCCGUUUCCCCAGUGCAUACAAGUUCGGACACGGAAGAAGACAAAGUACUUGAGGACUCACCCAGCUGGAACAGGGAAACAUCACAAAGUCAGUUACCUUAUGGUAAUUCUGGGAAUAAACCGGCAACGAACAUUUGCGUCUUUACAGAUCGACCUAUAGCUUCACUUGUACCAUACAAUCCUUUGGAAAAUGUCAACGUCGAGCCUAUAUAUUCUCCUGCUUUAGAUCGAGAAGCUCGCAUCAAAGAGCUGCUUAGCAAACAAGAAAAACUUCUAGCGAAAGUGCGCCAGAAAAAAAUUGACGAGGAAUAAACGAUUGAAGUCGUCAGGAGUGGUUAGCCUUUCGCAUGGACUUGAAUUUAUGGAAAUCAUAUAUCCUUGGCUAAGCUUUGGACUUAAAAGUUUAAUAUUGUAUGUAAUAUACUGUACGAUUCUCGCGGAGACUCGCAGCCCAACCCUUUAGAAAGGAAAAUUCAUUGUUACUGUAUGUGAACGAGAAGGACGAUAAAAACCGGAUAUAUGUACCGUUAGUUUUAUAGUUGUACCAUGUUACGUUACCAUUUGCAGUUUCACCGUCAAGUGUUAAUAUUACUUGAUAGGAUGCAGAGCGAAACAUAGUUUUG